AUGGCGGGCUUCCGAGUCAUCAUCAUUGGAGGCGGUCUUUCGGGGCCCCUGCUCGCUAACGGUCUCUUAAACAACGGCGUCGACUUCGUCCUAUACGAACGAGACUCCGAGACCGCCAAGUACGAAGGGUACCAGAUUCGACUUGGCGAGGGAGCGCUGAGAGGUUUCGCCGCGUGCCUGACACAGUCACGCACUGAAGCCAUCAUGCGCAAGCUCGGAAAGUCCUCCGGCACCCACCAGACCGCGCCGGCGCUGUACACUUCGAAGUUCGAGCAGUUGGUCGAUUUCUCAAAGGUGCCGUCCUACACGAAAUCCUCGGCCAUCAACCGCGUCGUGCUACGGGACCUUCUCAUGGAGCCGGUCAAGGCGGCCAAACGGGUCCAGUACCGGCGCGAAUUCUCGCGCUACGAGAUCAUUCGCGUGGACGAGGGCGCGGAGAAGGUCAAGGUGCAUUUCAAGGACGGGUCCUCGGAUAUCUGCGACGUGCUCAUCGGCGCGGACGGAAGUCGAUCGAGGAUCAAUCACCAACUGGGUCUCGACAAUCUCGUCCCUCUCAAGUCGCAUUGGUCGUUCUUGUCGAAGGGCAAGCUCCCUCGUGAACGCAUGCUCGAGCUGCCUGAGCAUCUCCAGAAAGGCCCCAUCAUAGUCUUUUCAAAGGGCAUUUCGCUGUACUACGCCCUCUAUCUCCCUGAAGAUUUCCGUAAUCAAAACGCCUCGAAGGACGGCACGAAAGUGAUAUCCUACGACGAGGAGGGCGCAUCAUUCUACUGGGGCUUGAACGCCCCCGUGGAAAUGGUCCCUUUUCAGAAGCCCGAGGAAAUCAGGGACCGGAGACAGCUGUGUCUGGACCUCAUCAAACAUUGGGCUCCCGACCAUCGGAUGCUUCGCGUUGGCGAGAACGACGCUGAAGCACCCGGCGUGCACGUCACCAUGCUCAGCGCGAGCACCCAGCCAAGCCUGGGGUGGCGUGGGGACGUCCAGAGACGUGGAAACGACGGGCAAGGACAUCCCCGCGUAUGGCUUUGUGGAGAUGCAAUUCAUGCUAUGCAGCCCAACCGCGGCCAAGGAGGAAAUCAAGCGCUGUCUGACUGCGCCGACCUCCUUCCACAACUGCUGCGGCUCCAUUCGCUAGCCCACUCGCCAACCACACUCGAGGUGCGCGCAGCUUGCAAGGAGUACGAGGCAGCGAUGAUCCCUCGAGCUUUCGCGUGGGUUCGGAAAAGCGGGGGCAGCAGCAUGCCGGUGAGCAUACUCCCGAGUUCGAUCUUCGCGUGGCCCUUUCUUUCAUGUGGAGGUUCCCUGCUGACGAAGACUAUCAACAGCAUAUCGACUUGGACGGCUGGUUAG